GCUUUCGAUAAAAUUGUUUUCUCACUUAAUUUUGGUUCUCGACAUCCUAUUUAAAUUCAUUUUAAAAAAUUUAGACUAACUAAACUAAAUUGAAAGAAAAAUACAAGUUCUAACUGUCAUAAUAAAACGUCGAAGUCCUCAAAUCAAACUUCACAAACUUGGACAAUGUGCAAAAAUUUGUUAUCGUGCGGCUUUCGAUAAAAUUGUUUUCCCACUUAAUUUUGGUUCUCGACAUCCUACACCGUAGUUUUGUUUAGCAAAUUAAAAGUAACCGUGACAGAAAGUCUGUUUGAUUUUUUUAUCGUACAAGUGUUAAUAUUUAUCCUGCUAGGUUAUAGCCAGUUACCGUAUAAUGGAGAACAGUAAUAAGAUCGUGGCACCACACCUCAAUGCCGAAGUAUACAGAACAGAUACAACUGGAAAUGAAGCACCGUCGUACCUUGACUAUAUUAAGCUUCAUCCAGAUGGUAGUGUUCUUGUCGGUUGUUCUGAGCUGACUGGAAGAUAUUGGGUUGGAGGUGCUGCCAUCUUCAAAAAUAUUGGCGAAGCCAAGGACAUAAGCCCUACAUCUAUGAGAAGUAUUCAAUUGGACUCUGGUACUGCUGAUGGAUGCUUUAUAGGAAAAUCUUCAAAGGUUUUAAUAUGUGAGGACAGUGGUGCAAUUGGCAUUUGGAGCAUAAAUGAGGAUGACUCAUGGAAGCACUGGAAGGAAGAGAUGACAGUUUCAGAGCAUGACAAUGGGGUGAUGGCAGUAGACUGCCUCGAGCCAGAGAAACAGUAUGUGACAGCUGGAGCUGAUGGCCAUAUUAAGGUGUGGGAUCUGACCGACAUGAUCUGCAUUAGGAACUACAGCUUAGCACACUGUGCAGUGGUGUCUGGUGUCUCGGUGAGACCUGACUCCACUACAUGCUUUGCAUCUGGAUCUUUAGACAUGUACAUCACACUGUGGGAUGAUAAUAUAGACAAACCAGUUCUAGACUUAGUUAAGAAUGACUGUGGCAUCCGUUGCUUACAAUGGAUAGAUGAAAACCAGUUAGUGUAUGGAGACGAGGCGGGAGUGCUUCGAGUGAUGGAUGUUAGAUAUCCUGAGAAAGUGGCCACGCUGUGUGACUUCCCCGCGCCGGUGCAUAAAGUUGCUGUGCAUCCAGAACACAGAAGAAUAGCAGUCUGCUGUGACAAUAAAAUAGUUUCCGUCUGCGACAAAGUGGCAGACAACAAUACGAAAGUCUUGUACCACGAUCGCCACUUGCACAGCAACUACGUGCGAGGUGUGGCGUGGGACAACAGUGAAAGCAACGCUCUGCACUCCUCGGCUUGGGACGGACUCAUCAGAACUCAUAAUGUUUCGUGAAUGUUUGUGGUACAAUUUUUAAAUAUAUUUUGAUUUUCCCACCAACCAUA